GCUCUGAAUGCUGACUGACAAAAAUGUUCAGUUAAACGCAUGUCUUGUGUCUAAUUUGCAGUUUGAGACCGGAACAGCAGGUCUAAUACAUGGAAUUAAGCUCUAAUUCAACUUGAUUUUUGGUUCAGAGUUCUUUUACUUGUUUAAGGAUUCUCUGGCAAAUAAAAAUGUUAAUUGAUUUUUAUUUCAUAAUUUCCAAUGCAGUCUACCAAACAACAUCUUUUGUGUACAGCAUCUUUCAUGCAAGUAUAUCCUACAGUCCACCAAACAUACAUCUCAUUUCAAUUUUGCAUCAGCUCAGCCAGGCUAGACUCAGCCAGGAUCCUCCAUGCGAUGUAGGGCGGAGCUACCCAGGCAACCAAACACGCCCUAAAACCCGUCGACCUCGCGUCUCGUUGGGACAUUAAUUAGCAGCUUGGCAUCACGCCACCGGGAGCAAAAUAACCGAUGUUCUGCGGCAGCGUGGAGUGGAGGAGAGCAGUACCCGUACGGGCUGCAUCAUGCACAUGUUUGAAGAUAGGGUGUACCAUGAGAUCGACAAACAAGAUAUCAGCAAGGAAUUCCCGGUCCACACCAUUGCUUUGGGCCGACACAAACCAUAUGAAAUGAAGCACCUAGCUGACGUGACCUUCGGCACCUACUCCUCCAUCGAAGACCAGAACGACCUCAAAUAUGCCAUCCUUCUAUUCGUGACCAGAAUCACAUCGGUUGCAGCGAGGUCUGUCAAGAUCACAAUCGAGGCCGACGAGGGCGUCACCAUAUCUCCCAUCGUGUCAGGUCACUACAACAACCUUGUAAGCUCAGACAAACGGUCAGGCAUAGUAGACCUCUACAACAUCUGCACCGGAGAGCAGAAGAACUUUAUUGUCUACUUGACAGUCCCACGGGGCAAUGAGAAGCUUGCCACCGUUGGCGGCACGUACCGGACCCUGACAACGAGCAAGGAGCUUGUUGGCAUGGGCGUGAUCGUGCCACGACCACACCGAAAAUGCCUGUCUGAAGAGAUGAUCAUCCACCCUAAGGUGGCAGCAGAGUUGUUACGGAUCCGAUUGAUGAAUGCCAGCUUGGAUAGGCACGACUACAAAAUGACAUUGAUGUCGGCCGAGAUGACGGACUCCAUUCUCAAAAAAAAAAGAAAAGGAAGAAGAAGAAGAAGGACUCUGAAAAGCCUCGCAAAGCCCAAGAGGAAGAAACCUUGUCCAACCUUGAGCGGGAAGUCGCUGAGAUGAGAAGCCUAUAUGGGGAUGAAAUGGAACUGUCAUGGAUAAAUCGCCACCAGUGGCAGUCCGACGCUUUCCCACAAAUCCUAGAGAAACAUGAUGUACUGGUGAAGGUAGAAGGAUUCACAAAAAGCAAGGAAUUCACUGUCGACGAGUUCCCUGUCCUGGUGCGGGUUACCGCUGCACCAUGGCGUCAUGCCAGUGAGAUACCACGACAUGGCCUGGAUGUGGUCGUCUUGCUCGACAUCAGCAGAAACAUGCAGGCGGAGAUGCUGGAGAGCCUGAAGCAGGCCAUGAUGAUCGUGAUCGACAAACUCAGCCCAGAUGACCGGCUUUCCAUCGUGUUACUAUUGCAGGCCCACAAGCGCUGCCUUAUGGAGCUCACUUAUAUGUCUGACGACCAUGGUCGUGAUACUGCCAGAUUCAAGAUAAGUCAGCUGAAAGCUUCAAAUGGAACAUGCACCAGCCAUGUUGCUGGCGCCGCUCUACAAGAGGGAGCUAAGAUUCUCAGGGGGCGCGGAACAGAGGAGAGCCGUGAUCGCCUAGGCUGCAUGAUGUUCCUGUCACAUGGCGAGUACCCAGAGAUCUUCCUGCACACCUUCGGUUUGGGUGCGGACCACAACCCCAAGGUAAUGAAGUACAUUGCAGACAUGACCUCUGGCACCUACUCUUUCGUCGACCAGGACAUCAACAACAUCAAGGACGCCCUGGCGUUGUUCAUCACCGGUCUCACGUCAAUUUACGCAACGUCCAUUACGACCACCCUAAGAACUCAGUAUCGCACAUCAAUAUCAUCCAUUGAGUCUGGCGGAUACAUACACAACGUGAAAUACGACAUAAAUCCUUACAAGAAUAUGUCUGGCACCAUCAAGAUCGGCCACAUCUAUGCUGGUGAGCAAAAGGAGUUCAUCGUCAACCUGACAGUAGAGGAUUUUGAGACGAGGAUCAUGACCAUUGGCGGACAGUACCAGAGCUUCAAUAGGAUAUUUCUUCUGCGUGAAAUGCACGUGCGCGUAGAACAACCCCGGUUGACUCACAUGCCAAACUAUCAGGGAAUCCACCCUGAUGUAGCAGCAGAGCUUGCACGGAUCAAACUACGGAAUGGUGUUUUGGACAUGCUGGAGAAGCAGCACUUGAGCGAUCAGGGGUUGGAAGAGUUAUGGACAAUGAUCAAGUACUCUCGCGAGGGCCGUGGAGCACCAAAGAAAACCUUGUCUGUCCUCAGCAUGGACCGACAUGAAAUGAAGAGAGCCGUUACAGGGAUGCCUUACACGCUGUCGUGGCUAUCAUGCCACAAGUGGCAGCGUGCCACCACCAAGGGCGCAGCCAAUAACUCCUGUGCUUUCCGAACAGUAGCGCAGCAUGCAGAUGAAGAUACAAAUUUGGUAGAAACUUUCACAAGAAGCAAGGCGAUUCCAAGUGAGGACCCAUGCAACAAGUUUCCUGUCCUGGUAAGAGCUGCGGUAGCGCCAUGGUUGCGUGCAGGGGAGAUGUCACGCGUGAGCAUCGACAUUGUGGCCGUGCUCGAUGUCAGUGGAAGAAUGCAGGGGGAGAAGCUGGAUCAUAUGAAGCAAGCCAUGAUGAUUGUCAUGGACAAGCUUGGUGCAGAUGACCGACUCUCCAUCGUGUCAUUCAACACCUAUGAGAAUCGCCUCAUGAAGCUCACUUACAUGUCUGACCAUGACCGGGAUGUUGCCAGGCUCAAGAUCAACGAGCUGGUUGCUGGCGGUCACAAUGACAUUGGAGCAGCUCUGCGAGAGGGAUCCCAGUGCAGCAGCCGUGCAGGCUGCAUGAUGCUCCUGUCGGAUGGCGAGCACCCAGAGAUAUUCCAAACGGAGCUCGACUCGGAGUUCCCAGUGCACACCUUCGGCUUAGGCUCUGACCACAACCCCAAAGUCAUGAAGUAUAUCGCCGAAAUGACUUCCGGCACCUACUCCUUCGUCAACCAGAGCAUUGAGAUCAAGGAUGCCCUCAUGCUAUUCAUCACAGGCCUCACAUCGGUUGCCGCGAUAUCCAUCAAUAUUACCCUGAGGACCAAUGAAGGCAUCACCAUAUCAUCAAUCGAGUCUGGCAGCUACACCCACCAAGUAAAAUCCGAUAAUCAAUCAGGCAUGAUAGAGGUUGACAGCAUCUACGCUGGCGAGCGAAAGGACUUCAUUGUGUACCUAAGAGUCGCGGAGGGCAAGAAGGAUCUCAUGAACAUUGGCGGCCGGUACAUGAGCCACAACACAGUAAAGCACCUGGCUAACACAACUGUCUACGUGCUGCGCCCACACCUGGAAUGUGCACCAGGUGACCUGGCCAUCCACUGUGACGUGGCAGCGGAGCUCAUGCGGAUCCAGCUGGAGAAGGGCAUCUCAGCCAUGCAGGAGCAGGGCCCGAGUGGCGCUGUGCUGCAACAGCUAUGGGAUGAGAUCAUGGACUCCGACGUGCCAAAGGAAACCUUGUCAGCUCUGAGCAUGGACGUCAGUGAAAUGAAGAGAGGCAUUGAACACCCCGAGGAGUACAGGAAAUCAGGGCUGCCUUACACGCUGUCAUGGCUGAGUAGCCACAACUGGAAGCGAGCAACCAUCAAGGGCACACCCUGA